AUGAAUUGUGCCUUUUUUACAGUUUUCAAACAUUAAGAUAAUGCGGAAAUGUAAACAUGCGAACGUAAACUUAAAGAACAAGGACCGAUAUACAACUUAAAGCGGUUCCUAAGUUGUGAAAGUUUGUGUAUAAAAUAGUGUAAUAUCGCUGUUUUAAAUACCUAACUUAAGAUAUACAGGAAUUCUGUUAUAAAUAAAAAAUCGGUUUUCCUUAUCAGCGUCUACUUAUUCUCAUGAAAUCCGUACAAGAAAUACUCAUUGAAGAACCAUAUUUUGGACUUAUAAAACUAUGCAUGCUAUGUCUGUGAAUAUUCUGAACUGAACAUAAUUUUACAUAUUCGCAACAGUUCCACAGCGCAUUCUGGACUGAAAACUAUCUGCGACCUAUUAACAACAUUUCCACAGCGCCAUUUGUGCACGGGUUGAAAGUCGGGAAAACAUGUUGGUGCAUGGGAAUAGUAUAGUGGCAAUUUUGUGUGUCCUAGCCGUCAUCGGGAGGCAGGUGGUUGAUGCUUUUGUCGGAGCAUCGGUGUCAUGCUCGAAUGGAUACCAAGUGGGGUCCGGUGGUAGAUGUUAUCGAGCGUUCACAUCCUGUAAGACGUGGGAGAAUGCAAGACAAACUUGCAAACUAAACAAAGGAAGACUCUUUAAAAUAACGAGCAUUGAUGAUUUUUACCUAGCAUCGAAUAUAUCAUAUAUGAUUUACACAAACAAAGGAGGAACAUGCAACCAAGGGAUAUGGAUAGGCGCUAACCUAACAAACGGAAGUUUCACAUGGGAAGAUGGAUCAGUUGCACAAGGUGGAAUGUAUGACUCAUUUUACGUGGACACCAUACCCACAGGAGGAGGAUGUUUAGAGAUGUUAAUGUAUGCAACGUCAAAUGGGUACAGGAUGAACGAUAUAAACUGCGAUCUGUUACAGGAGUUUAUUUGCCAAAAUCAACGACUGGGAGAAGCUUGUGUCAAUAAUGAAGAAUGCAAUGCUAAUUAUUCGGUCUGUUCUGGCGGACUUUGCGACUGUCCAGUUGGUUUUGACAAAGAAACAAACAUCGACACUUGCUCUGCAAAAGAAUUAUGUAACGAUUAUCUAGUAAUGAAUGUGUCUGACAGUCAGCUAUCAGCGUCUUCAAUUUGGGAUGCUACUCAUGCAGCCUAUAGAGGUAGACUUAAUACCCCAUACGUCCUAUUCAGUGAUGGAUCCUAUCUCAGGGGAGCAUGGUCUGCUCGUAUUAGUGACAUAAAUCAAUACAUACAGGUGCACCUUACCAAACUUAGUAUCAUUCGUGCUGUAUUUACUCAGGGACGGGAUAACACGGAUGGUCAUUACCAAUAUGUUAAAGCAUACAAAUUGUCAUACAGUAGCGAUUGUAGCCAAUUUGUGAGAGCGGUGAAAAUUGAUGGAACUGAACAGGUAUUCCAGGGAAAUACGGAUACGGAUUCGAUUGUAACUAAUUACCUGGAAAAUAAGUUCUUGGCCUUAUGUGUGCGUAUAAAUCCGAUUGAUUGGUAUAGACACGUAUCAAUGCGGUUCGAUCUCUUAGGUUGUGAAGCGAACGCCGGGACCCAAUGUACAGUUAGCCGUGAUUGUUUUUCAAACGGGGCCCUAUGUAUAAACAACUUCUGCAGUUGCAAAACUGGAUUUUACGACCAUGAUUCACAAACUUGUGAUGCAGUGCCUUUGUUGCCAUCUGGCCUCUACUCGAACGAUACUAUCCUUGAACAUGAACAACUGUGUAGCAGCGAAAUACGCUUUGGACCGGGUUUUCCUGUUGGAGAUAAGUUAUAUUACAAAUUGUUUAUUUGCACAAAUGGUUAUAUUAGUAUUGGCAUCAAGUAUACGAAUCCAAAUCCGCCCCGAACAACAGACACAUUUGAUAAAACAUUACUUUUAGCACCAUUUUAUGUUGAAACCUCGAAUGGAACUGUUUCAUAUAGAGUAGUUGAUAUAUUGCAAAACAGUGACCUACACCACAAUGAAGAUAUAAAUACAUUGCGGAGGAUUGUUUCCCUUGUUUAUGACGACAGUGCGUUUGAUAUCAAGUUUGCAGUGAUUGCAAGUUGGUCGAACAUGAUUCCAUACCAGAAGAUAUAUGAAGACGAAAAGACAAGCACAUUCCAGAUGGCUAUUGUAACCAACGGCCGAGUUACAUAUUCCAUCUUCAUUUACGGUCAGAAUCAAAUGCUAUGGAACGUUAAACACGAAAAUAAACCCAAUGUUUUCACUGGAAUUAUCAUUAACAAGCAGUAUUUCUAUAAAGAUGUAUUUUCGUUUCAAAAACCAAUUCUGCGAAUGGAUCGUUACGCGAAUACUAAAGGAAUUAAUGGUCUUAUCGUUAAAAGGAUAACGGCAAAUAGACAGCUCCAGAACUUUGCCAUGGACUGCUUAGACUGGUUUAUAAGCAACAAACAUAAGAAAGAGGAAUAUCACAGAAUAAUGAGUAUGCUCCCUCAGUGUCCCUGUAGCUUAGAGAAAGCAGAUCAAGAUCCGUUAGCAAGAGGAGAAAGGACAACUUAUGACAAAACAAUUUGUAUAGAACUUCUUCCAUCCUUCAGGACAGGAUUGUAUGGCAAGGUAUGCUGUUAUGAGAGAAGUUCAGGACAAUGGACAGAAGAAAUUCCAUUUGCAGGGGGAUUGUACACUUUUCAUCCAGACCUUUCCCCACAGCAACAUAAACUACAUGACCAGCGUCCUAAAGACGUUUGCUGUUCCAAUUCAAGUUUCUGUCAGCUGUACUACGAAUUACGACCAAUUGGAGAAUGUUACAGAAAUACUUGGUUUGACUUUGCGGUAUCUUGGGGUGAUCCCCACAUUCUUACUCUGGAUGGAAAGAAGUUUAUCUUCAAUGGACUCGGAGAAUACACUCUCCUUAAUUACAACUUUGAAGGCAACACCUUUGAUUUACAAGCAAGAACAGAGCGGGCUGUAACAGUGAAUAACACUUUAACGGAUGCCACAAUAUACACAGCAUUUGCUGCCAAGGACAGUUCUGGGUCUUCUGUACACGUGGAGCUCAACACUAAACGGAACGGUAUCAUAUUGUAUGUCAACAAUGUCGAUCGAACAGCGGAUCAUGCGAACAAUUCCUUCACGUUACAAACGGAAAAUAAUACGUUAACUGUUGUAAAACAUCUUGACGACCAGAACAAAACGAAUCUUAAAAUUGAAUUUCUUCAAUCAGGAGUGUCUCUGAGUAUAUUUACUAACAAUGGGAUGAUGACACUUAAAACAACCGUCAACGAAUCGUUAAAAGGGAACGUGCGAGGGUUGUUGGGUAAUUUUGAUGGAAUUCCCGACAACGACUUUAUGACUCCCGGAGGGAAACUUUUUAACAGCAAUAUAAGCGAACAUGAAAUAUUUCAAUAUGGCCAAAUGUGGGAAAUCGAUGGUUUCAACUCCGCAUUCCGGUAUAGUGACAAGAAGAACCACAGUAAUUACCACAAUAGCUCCUUUAUCCCUCGCUUCCUUGACUCAGUUCCCUUGGAAAUUAUAAAGACAGCAAGCGAGACAUGUGGCGGAGAUCAGGACCUCGCCUGUAUAUUUGAUCAAGUGUUUACAGAAAAUGAAGACAUUUCAAGGCAAACACAUGAAACAACAAGCGAUGCAAAGGAAGCGAAGACCGAAAUAAGCAGGAGCGUUCCAAAACUGGUGGCAUGUGAUCGACUGGAUGUUUUGAUUGGAGGGGAAGCGGAGUGUCAAUUGCAAUUUGGCAGUGAUGUUACAGAUAUUGAAGUGUUAGGAACCAUGAAAUACUCGGUUUUUGUAAACCAAACAACAGGAAUACUUAGAUAUAAGCAUAUACCUGGACUGCCUGGUGAUAUUCUACGACUCGUAGUUAAGGCCGACGACGGUGGUAGAUCUCCCGUGUCAAACAUCCCUAUAACAGUAUGUACCGGUUGCAGUGGACAUGGUCUUUGUAUUAACGAAACGGAGAUGCGGGGCAGUCAGACGCUGAUGUUUCAAUAUAAUAAGUGUCUUUGCUAUGAACAAUUUACAGGCCUUGACUGUGAGUUAGAUAUCGACGGAUGUGUUGGACAGCCAUGUUCCAAUGGACGGAACUGCUCCGAUGUACCUGCAGAAUUUCACACGGAGGACGAGCCGGGAUUCACUUGCUCCAGAUGUCCGGAUGGUUAUAUCGAUGAUGGUGCGAGAUGUCAAGAUCUCAAUGAAUGUGCGGACACAAACUCAUGUGAACAAAUUUGUAUUAAUACAGAAGGAUCCUUUUUCUGUUCAUGCAAUAGUGGAUAUAGAGCUGAAUCGUCUGACUUGAAAAAAUGUGUCGACAUCAAUGAGUGCGACGAAGCUACCCACAACUGCUCCCACAUUUGCGAAAACACAAACGGAGGGUUUCAAUGCAAUUGUCAUCUGGGUUAUAAACUUGUCGAUACAAUGACUGAAUGUGAAAAGAUAGGCAACGAUGAUUGUAGCACUGAUUGCUCAACGACAUCAGGAUGUACAACGAAUAAGAACAAUGAAUCGAUAUGUUUUUGUGAAAAUGGCUUUAAGCUAGACACAGAUUCGAAGAGAUGUACAGAUAUUGAUGAAUGCGAGAGGAAUGUUUGUCCCCAAGAGUGUAUAAACAUUAUCGGGUCGUAUUCAUGCAGUUGUUUUGCCGGAUACGGAUUGCAAGGACUUAAAGAAUGUAAAGAAUGUGAUCCUCCAUACUUUGGAACAAAUUGCGAAGACACAUGCAAUUGUUCAUCUCUGGGCACGAAAGAAUGUCAUAAAGUGAAGGGAUGCGUCUGUGAAAACGGCUGGCAAGGAGAUAGGUGUGAUAUUGAUGUCAAUGAAUGCGACAAUCAUAUUUCUCCGUGUUAUGAUGCCUACCAGGCAUGUGUCAAUAUUCCUGGAUCGUUUCUUUGCGAAUGUGUAAUGGGAUUCAAAGAAAGUGGGAGUAACCAUUGCGAAGAUGUAGAUGAGUGCACAAACCCUUUACUUAAUGGAUGCGGACAAGAUAUGCUAUGCAGCAAUACUCAGGGCGGUUAUACAUGUGAUUGUAAGGAAGGUUUCGUUCAGUCUAACGAAGGCUGUAAAGACGUUGAUGAAUGUAAACUCGGAAUAAGCGGAUGCCAACAGAUGUGCGAAAAUUUUCCUGGGCGUUUCAACUGCUAUUGUUAUCAUGGAUAUACCUUAGCCGAGGACCGGCAAUCAUGCCUGGAAGUACAAAACCCGUGCUUACAAUUUAGUAAUCUAAACUGCUCUCAUUAUUGUGUCGUUGAGGAAAAUGUGGCUGAAUGCAAAUGCAACUUUGGCUAUUACAUCGAGGAAGAUUCACAAACAUGUAAAGAUAUAAACGAAUGCGAUAACGAGACUUUAAACGAAUGUCAGCCAAAAGGGAUUUGCAUUAACGUUCCGGGUUCGUAUAACUGUGAGUGUACAGAAGGAUUCAAACUCUCCAAUGACGGUCGGCAGUGUGAAGAAUGUGAUCAAUACCACUUUGGAAAUAACUGUGAGCAAACGUGCAGCUGCUUACAUGGAACAUGCGACAAUACACAAGGUUGUAACUGCAGUAACGGAUGGGCUGGUGAUCAGUGUGACAUUGACCUCGACGAAUGUGACAGUGAAGACUUGUGUCCCACAAACUUUGACUGUGUCAAUACGAUAGGGAGCUCCCUUUGUCAGUGUCACUCUGGGUAUGUUAGGACAGAGGACAGAUGCGAAGAUAUUAAUGAAUGUCUGGACUCUUCACUGAAUACGUGCGAACAAGCAUGUCGAAAUACCGGCGGUGGAUACGAAUGCAGUUGUUACAAUGGAUAUAUGUUAAAUUUAACAACUCGAAGGUGUUUAGAUAUCGAUGAAUGCCAAUCAGGAUUUCACCAAUGUGACCAAAAUUGCCAAAACACUCAGGGAGGAUAUAUAUGCACGUGUAAAGAAGGGCUAGUGCUUGAUUUAACUGACCGGCAUUCUUGUCUCGCCGAGAUAGAAUGUGAUUCUGCUGAUGCUGAAAACUGUCCGGAAAAUUCAAUCUGUACACGAAAUGGCGACAUAACUAAAUGUAUUUGUAAGAGAGGAUAUGUACAGAUAGCAACUAAUGCCUGCAUAAAUGUGAACGAAUGCGAUGACGAAAACGGUUACUGUGCCCACACAUGCCAAGAUAACUUAGGAGGAUAUUAUUGUCUGUGUGACGAUGGAUUUCACAUUGCAAACGAUGGGAGAUCAUGCGAAGUGUGCGAAAAAGGCACUUAUGGUGUAAACUGCAGUUCAACUUGCAACUGUGAAGCCGAGAAAGCUGUCACGUGUGAUAACAUUGUUGGAACUUGUAUAUGCAAACAAGGAUGGGCCGGUGACGAUUGUUCCGAAGACAUUGACGAAUGUCAUCUCGGUACGCACAAUUGUUCAGAAAAUGCGGCAUGUAGAAAUAUAGACGGAGGUGUUUUAUGCGAUUGCCACACAGGCUACCAGAAAACAGGGGGCGGACUAUGCGCAAAAUGUGAUCGAAAUUAUUUCGGUGAGGCAUGCCGUCGACGUUGUGAAUGCUUUGAAGACGAGAAGCAGUUUUCGUGUGAUCAUAUUGAUGGACAAUGUCGUUGCAAAAAGGGUUUUCUUCGAAAAACCGAGUCGGAAACAUGCGACCGAUGCAUCAAUAAUACAUACGGCCUGGAUUGUGCAAAUAUAUGUGAAUGCAACACAACAAACAGUGCUGAUAGCAAUCAGUCUUGUGAUGAAAAGGAUGGGACUUGCUUUUGUAACAAGUUCUGGGAUGGAAUUUCAUGCAACGUUGAUGUCAACGAAUGUAAAGCUCAAACAAUAUGUGGAGACGAUCCACUGAAAGGUUGCCACAAUACAGAGGGUAACUUUUCAUGCGACUGCAAACGAGGCUAUACGUUAGAUCUAUUCAACAAUUGCGUCAAAGAUACUGGCUUUGCUGUAGAUUGUAAUCAAAAUAUCACAGAUUGCACAGUUACGGUCACAUUAACAACAAUGCUCAAUAUCACCUUUGACGAGACUAUUAAUCUUGAUAUCGGUACUACAUACAGACAAACUGCAAGAAAACUAACAGAUGCGCUUCUUUCAUACAUGAAGAGAUAUACCAACUUUCCUCUCGAAAUAACGAUUUGUGAUAUCAGGAAAAGAGGACUUCUUCAUGUAAAUUAUACCGUUUGCAUGAACGCAACAUCUGAAGAACAGGAUAGAUUACAAGGUGAAGCUGCAAAUGCAUUUUUGCAACUGGCACGUGGAGAUACUUUGGAAUUUGAUGGCGACAUGGUGCAUGUAUCUGCAGAGUCAUCGGUCUACACAGACGACGAAUGCCAGUUUUACCAAAAUCUGUUUGGGAAUUGUGACAUGGGCUACAAAUGUUGCGUUGAGGAGAAUCGUAUUAAUUGCUGAUCUGGCAAUAAUCAUUGGAUCUGUAUUUGGAGGAACUGCAUUCUUAAUCCUUGUCGUGAUUUUCUAUGUAACCAUCGUUACACUAAGACGUAAAAUGAACACGAAAAAAGCCAAACGCUAUUCUAG